CGCUCAAACCCCGCCCGCCCGACGCAAAAGCGGAAGUGCUCUCUCGGAGUGGGAGGGGCUGGUGACUAGCGAGGCGUCACGUACGCGCGAGAGCGCUACGCAACGAAGGAGAGUACGCGCAGUGGAGUGCGAGCGUGAGAGGAUGGAGGCCGCAGAGCAGCAGCGGAGCUCGAGUGACGGCGCGGCCGCCAGAGGAGCGGGAGUCCCGGGCAGCGGAGGCGGAGCAGGGUCGGGGGGAGGCGCGGAAGGCGAGCGGGACAGAGAUAGAGCCACCUUCGAGUGCAACAUCUGCCUGGACACCGCGCGAGACGCGGUCAUCAGCCUCUGCGGACAUCUGUUCUGUUGGCCGUGUCUUCAUCAGUGGCUGGAGACGCGUCCCAGCACACAGCAGUGUCCCGUGUGUAAAGCAGGAAUCAGUCGAGAUAAAGUCAUUCCUCUGUACGGCCGCGGCAGCACCAGCCAGGAAGACCCCAGAUUGAAAACACCACCACGACCUCAGGGUCAAAGGACAGAACCAGAGAGCAGAGGAGUGUUUCAGGGUCUUGGUGACACAGGGUUUCACAUGUCUUUUGGAAUCGGGGCUUUUCCGUUUGGUUUUUUCACCACAGUCUUUAACACCAACGAUCCUUUUCAAAGACGAGAUCCUCAUUACGGAGGAGAUCAUCAAGCCGACGGCAACCCUAACAACGGCAACAACUGGCAGGACUCGCUCUUCCUCUUCCUGGCCAUCAUCUUCUUCUUCUGGAUGCUGAGCGUGUGACGCCUGCGAUUGAAGCGACAAGAUCAGCUGUCUGUGUCUCAUAUACACACACACACACGCACUCACACACACAUCAGUGUUGAGAGAGACAGUAUUAAUGAUUAAACACUACAGGAGCUGAUGAAGCAGCUCGCAAAACACAGCAUAUUUCACAUCAAAAUCAAUACAAACUCAAUGAGAAAUUAUUGUGCAUAAAGGUUUUUGGGUUUUUUUCGACCCUGAAACUACUCUCAAUGGACCUGCAUUCUAAAAUUAUUUUCAGAAUGAUUAAACGCAUUUAAUGUCAAAUUCUCAUUGCUUUAAUGAAGUGUCGUAACUAAUUAAUUGUCAUGAAAAGAAUGUCACAAUGCAAUGAAUGCAUACAAUUUGAAUAGUUAUAAAAAUAGCCAUAAAAUUAAGAAAUGGAAUGAAAAAAUUACUAUAAAUAAAACUGAAAGUUGUUUGAAACUGAAAUGGAAACUUCUUUCUGGAAUUAUUUUCUUGACAUUUAAACGCAUUUAUUCCCAAAAUUCUUAUUUCCAUAAGUUGAGAUGUCCUAGUCUCUCUUAUUACUAUAACAACAUACAUUUUUGUUGUAUUACAGUAAUAGUAAUUGCGAGGAGGAAAUGUUUAAGUAUUUAAGUCAUGGUAAAAAAUAUCACAAUAUAUUAAUAUUGUAUUUUCUUUUUUGGGGUGAAAUGUUACCCAGACAUGUUUCAUGAGAUUCACCAUAUUUUAUGCUCACAAAUUUCUGUGGCUUUUCAUUUUCAUGCCAAAGAAUUUCUGAAAUGAGAGACCGAUAACACAGAUUUAUUUCAUUACUCCUGAAAGUGUUUUAAGGCCAUGUCACUGCGUUUGGACGAUCUUCACUGCACACGAUGAGGGACGUUUCACUUAUUCAGAUCCUUAAAUCUGCCUGAGCAAUUAAAACACAAGUCAAUAUCAUACUUGUGUAAUAAAAGGGUGAAUCUCAUGAAUCAUGUCCUGGUCACAUUUCAUUCCAAAAUCAAAAGAAACUAUUAUUAAGCUUAUUAUUCUUAUUUUAGGACCUUUGCAAUUUUAAAGCACAAUAAUCAUAUAUAU